AUGAUGAAUUUUAAAGGUAAGCUAUGUCUAGCACCCAUGGUACGAAGUGGAGAGCUUCCCAUGAGACUUUCAGCUCUACGUAAUGGUGCAGAUAUAGUAUGGACUCCUGAAUUGGUGGAUAAGAAACUUAUUCAGACUACUAGAGUUAUAAAUUCUAAAAUAAAUACAGUGGAUUAUGUAUAUAUUAAUGAAAAGCAAAAGAAAAAUUCACUUGUAUUUAGAACAUAUCCGGAAGAAGAAAAUUCCAAAAUAAUCCUUCAACUUGGCUCAUCAGAUCCAGAGUUAGCUGUUGCCGCAUCAUUAAAAGUUAUCGAUGAUGUUAAUGGGAUUGAUUUAAAUUGUGGAUGUCCUAAAAACUUUUCUACUCAUUCUGGUAUGGGUGCUGCAUUAUUAUCUACUCCUGAUUUACUUUGUUCUAUUCUUAGUAAUUUAGUAAAUCGAGUUGGUAAACCUCAUGGAAAAUCAAUUAGUUGUAAAAUUAGAUUACUUGAUGAUUACAAAUCGACUAUAUCAUUAAUCGAUAAAAUUUGUGAAACUGGUAUAACUAAUUUAACCAUUCAUUGUCGUAGAAGAGAUAUGAGAAACAGGCAAGAUGUGAUUUGGCACUAUUUACCUGAUAUUAUACCCCGUAUUCAAGCAAAAGGUAUUUCUGUCAUUAUUAAUGGUGGUUUAUUAUCCAAUGUUGAUUUUAGGAAUAUGCGCUCAUUAUUAUCUCAAGAUGUUGGUGGUAUGAUUGCAGAAGCAGCAGAAUCCAAUCCGACUAUCUUCAACAAAGAUGGACCAUCGUUACAGCACGAAGUUGUUUCUAAUUUUUUAUCUCUCUGCAAAAUUUAUAAUUAUGACUGUUUUCCAAAUUCGAAAUACAUGUUGCUUAAUCAAAUUCCUGGAAAAUCUCCAUAUUAUGGUAAAAUAGCGAAAUGCAAAACCUACGAUGAUAUAGAAAAUGUUUUAAAUGAUUCAGAAAAUUUCAAAUCUGAUAAGUUCUUGUCAAAGAUAUAUAUAAAAGAUUUGCAACAGAAUAAA